AUGCGGUGGUUCGUUUGCACGUUAUUAUUGGGUUACGCCUUCGCAAAACACGAGGAGUACGAUGGCUCCGCACUCUUCUCGGUCAAGGUCCAGAACAUGGAUCAAGUUGAUUACUUCAACACUCUAGACUAUCCAUUUGAUAUCUGGCAAUACGCAUCCCUGAUGAGGAAUGGCAUGGUUCUUGUGGCCAAAACCUACGUUCAACUAUUUCAAAAUGAACUGAAUGCUAAAGGAAUUGAGUUUGUUAUAGAAUCUGAGAAUAUUAAAGAACUACUUGAAUUGGAAGAUCAAUUAUUUGCUGAAAAAGCGCGCAGUAAAUCCGUGAGAGCUGUUGAUGAUCUUACAAUUAACUGGGACAAAAUCUAUAAUUUGACUGAGGUAAAUGAUUAUCUACAAAAGGUCGCAAAUGCUUAUCCCAAUGUGGUGACACUAGUCAAUGCAGGGAAAUCCGUCGAGGGCAGAGACAUUAACUACUUAAAAAUAUCAUCCACAAAUUUCCAGGACACAAGUAAACCUAUCAUUUUCAUCGAGACCCUUCUCCACGCACGUGAAUGGGUCACUCUGCCAGCGUCAUUGUACGCCAUCGACAAGCUAGUCGUCAACGUCAAUGAUCAAGACUUGAUUGACAACUACGACUGGAUUGUCUUGCCCGUUGCCAAUCCUGACGGUUAUGAGUUCACUCACGUCCCGGAUGGUAACCGUUUCUGGCGUAAAAACCGUAGAGCUGGAGUGUUCCCUGGAAAUCUGUGUUUAGGCGUCGAUCUUAAUAGAAACUUCGACAUCAACUUCAGUCAAGAUUCAAGUAACUUUGCUUGUUCUGAAACUUACCACGGGCCCUCUGCUUUCUCCGAACUUGAGACCAGCGCCAUCAGGGACAUAUUACACGAAUAUGAAGGUCGGAUUGAAUUAUUCAUUGACAUUCACAGUUUUGGAAGCAUGAUUCUAUAUGGUUGGGGCACAGGUCAAUUGCCAUCAAACGCUUUCGAAAUACAUGCAGCUGGAUUGCGGAUGGCUGAAGCAAUUGAUGCGGUGAAAAUGGAAUACAAUAGAAAUUAUCGCGUAGGAAACUCAGCACUCAUACUUUAUCGAGCAUCAGGUUCUGCGAUGGACUAUGGACUAGCAGCGAAUAUACCUUUAUCAUACGUGUAUGAAUUGCCAGGAUUCAGAGGUGUUGGACAGACUAUAUUCGGAUUUUUAGUUCAUCCAGACUUCAUAGAACAAGCUGGUAUGGAAACCUGGGAAGGUCUUAAAGCUGGAGCGAAUUUUGUCACUAGAGUAAGAUCAGGAUAUCAAGUAUAACAUGAAACACCUUUUCAAUAAAAUAUAGACAUUAUUUGUAAAUGUAAUGUAAAUAAAUACAGUAGGUAUGUUGC